AUGUCUACAGUCCCAGGAAUUGAAAGUCCGGAGGCGCUAGCGCGUUUAAAUGCGGCCAUCAUGGGCGAACGCAAUCCUCGCGGCAUUCCUUCAUCUGUCUUUGUGGAUUCUGUUGAGUCAUAUAUGACCGAGUGCGGUGUUAAGACUAUUGAGCCACUCGUGGGAGCAUUGCAACAAAUGUACAGCAAAUAUAAAUUUAUGGAAACGAAUUUGCAGAAGAAUCGCGAGACAUUUAAACGAAAGAUUCCAGAGACACAAAAGGAUUUGGACAUGGUGCAGCAUUUGAUGACAAAACGAGAUGAAGGCGAGACACUUCAGACCCAAUUUAAUCUUGCAGAUAAUGUUUAUGCCAAUGCAUCAGUUGAUUGCAGUCUUGGUAAAGUUUGUAUCUGGCUUGGUGCUCAAGUUAUGGUGGAAUAUUCGUACGAGGAAGCUCAAGAGCUACUGGAGAAGAACAUGGCUACAGCUUCAGAAAAAUUGGCUCAAAUUGAAGAAGAUUUGUCAUUUUUGCGGGACCAAAUCAUUACAACAGAAGUGAAUAUUGCGCGUAUUUUCAAUCAUGAUGUACGUCGUCGUCGCCAAGAAAAAGAUACGAAAGUGGUGACUGAGCUUGACGCAAAAUGA